GUCGAUAGUUUUGGAACAGUUUUCGCGCACAGUCCCCGACACCGCUACAAUGCGAUUUGCAGUAGCGUUUUUGAUAGUCACUUUAUGUGUUUUUUACGUAGUUAAAGCAGAACGACACCGGGCACCGGAAGCGGGGUAUGGAAGAGAUGUCACCACUAGUGGUCCUACUAGGAAACGAUGGCUCGACAAAAUUGUCCCAGCGAUUGCGGAGAGGAUAAAAAAAUUAACCACCACUACGACGACAACUACAAAAAAACCUACUAAAACUACUAAGCCAAAACCAACAAAGAAAACCACGACGAUGAGGACAACGAAGGCUCCAAAAACUACUACCAUGAAGCCUACUAAAACAACAACGUUUAAAACGACGACUCUCGCUAGAACGAUGCUUGUUACUACAACAGUUCGUACCACUACUAUUGCUCCAACUACUACCAAACCAACCGUAACUGUACCAACUACUACAGCAUUCGCUUCAACUACUACGAUGGUUCCGACAACUUCUAAAACCACAAUGGCGUCAACCACAACCACUCUACCGCCGACAACCACAACAACAUCAACUACUACAGCAAAGCCUUCAACAAUUUCUACUACUAUUCCUACUACAACUGCAACGAUACCUUCGACUACAGUAUCUCCUUCCACUACUACUAAGACUACUGUUGCUCCAUCGACAACGGCACAGACUACAACAAUACUUCCUUCGACCACGACUUUCACUACUCCUGCUCCAACGACUACCACGCCAACUACUACUACAGUUCCUUCAACCACUGCUCCUGCUUCAACGACAACGACAAAACCUACUACUACAGUUCCUUCCACCACUACUACCACUACUCUUGCUCCAACGACAGCAACACAACCUACUACAACUACGGUUUCAUCAACUACUACUACAACAACAACAAUUACUACUACUACUCCUGCUCCAACUACUACGACGCAAACUACUACUACAACUCCUUCGACCACUACUCCUGCUCCAACGACAACAACACAGCCUUCUACUACAGUUCCUUCUACCACGACUACCACCACUACUGCUCCAACGACAACAACACAAACCAUUACAACAACUCCCAAACCAACUACCACUACUACGGUGGCACCCACUACUACUACUACUACUGCAGCUCCUCCUACUACAACAACACCUGUGACGACUACAACAACUAUACGAGCGUCCACGAUUGUACCAACAACUCCACAAGCUACUACAACAACCACUACUGCUGCUACUACAACGGUGAAAACAACGCCAAUUGUUUUCUUCCCGACUCCCAGAGCAGGCAAUGGUAACGGUGGAGGUAACGGCAACGGUGAUAGAGGAGGUAACGACAACGGACGCGGUAAAGGUAAAUGUUCUCCUUAUUGGUUUAACAAAAUUCUUAUUAUUCUAUUGCCUUCCAAUUCCAGCUUAAGCAAGUUUUCGCGCACGCAUCUUCAUUCGACGAUGAAGAUUGCUGUCGGAUUUUUGGUGUUUGCCAUAUUGGCAGAGUGUGUCGUAGAUGCGCGUAACAAGCAUUCGAAAGAGAAGGAUGACACGUAUGCAAUGAUUGACAUUGCAAAAGGAUGGAUGCAGAUUUACUUCAAAAUACCACCUGGCUUACAAAAGCGUACCACUACGCGUGCAAUGCGUACUACAACACGCCCAACAUUGAGGACGACCAAACCAUCUACUACAAAGAAACUUCCUGCAUGGAUGACUACAGCAAGGACAACAGUAAAGCCUCGGCAGAAUGUCACACUACCUACCGUUGGAAUGACAACAAAAUCGGGAGCAAUGGUGACAACUACGACUAAGAUAACCACCACUACUGCAAGAUUGACGACCACCGCUAAGCCAAUGUUUACCACGACGACUACUGCAACGACGAAACCUACUACAACUGUUGUGACUACAACGACAAGACCAACUAGUACUUCAACGACUGCACCAACAACGACGACUAGGCCAACAACUACCUCCACCACUGUCGCACCAACAACGACGAUUAGGCCAACAACUACCUCCACCACUGUCGCAACAACAACAACCACUAGACUCACUACUACUUCUACUACUCUUCCAACGACGACCGCUAGACCCACUACUACUUCUGCUACUGCUCCUGUUACAACUACUUCCACUACUGUCCCGACAACAACGACCACCAGACCAACAACAACCUCCCCUACCGUCCCAACAACGACGCCUUCCACAACUAUUCCGACAACAACGACUAGACCAACUACUACAUCCACUACUGUUCCACCAACAACGACCACCGUCCCUGCAACAACGACUACCACCACCGUCCCUACAACAACCACGACUAGACCAGUGACAACUGUAGCAGUAACUAAUACAGCACCUGCGGCCACCACAACAGUGUCUGCCUCUACUGCUGCAAGCGUAACAUCAACUACCAUUCCGUCAACUACCACGGUUGUCACUACAACAACAUCUACUCCUGCCGCCAACAAGAUCAGUGCCCCGACGAGUGCUGUUACCACCGCUUCUCCCACCACUACAACAACGGCAGCCAAGAGCUCCGAUAGCUACUCCUACGGUGACUACGGCGAAUAUUCCAGUUACUAAGGACACGGAUGGGCCAGAGGUGUCCAGCUCCGUGGAAUACUACUACGACGACGAGUACGAGGAUGGAGUGAUCAUUACAGUACCUACGAUCAUCAGCGAAACAACAUCAACCGCUGCUAGUGUUGCUGAUACCAAAAGGUCUAAAACAAGGAAGAAUACUAACAAAAACAAGCGGAAGAAUAAGCAGAAGAAAAAGGACAAGGAAAAGGAAAAGAAAAACAAUAGCAAACAAGUAGAAGUUAGCAAAAAAUCAAAAACUGCAUAAGGGAAUUAAGCUCUAGUUUGCUAGGUUUUGUUCAGUAAUAAAUGAUCUUCUGUAUUAUUGAUGCAC